AUGUCAAUAUCUCUUAAAUGGGAUAAUUGUCGUUUUCAUGAAGAUUGUGGUGAUGGUUAUUGUUGUUAUGUUCAUUUUCGUUUUCGAAGUUUACCAAAAUCAUUUUGUCGCCCUAAUCGUGGAAAUAAAAGUGAAAUGUGUGAACCGAAAUCAAAAUAUCGUUCAUCAUCAUCAUCACCACAACAGUUGGUACCGAUUAAAACGUUAUAA